AUGAACACAAUUGUCAUUCUUACUGGUAUUCUCAGUUGCAUUUUACUUAUGUUAAGUGUUACUCAUUCAUAUAAAUUAUCAGGCAAAGAAAAUGAUGGUGAACAUCGAUUGCUUGUUGAACGACCAUUAGCAUUUGCACGAGGCAAAUUCCAUUCAACCUAUCAAGAUGAAGAUUCAAUGAUGAAUAAUUCAGAUGAAGAUGAUGAACAUGAUCUCGAAAAACGUCGAUUUAAUGCUUGGGCUGGUAAACGAAGUCUUGUAGGCAAACGACGUUUUAAUGCGUGGGCUGGCCGACGAUAA